UUCACCGCAACUAAGGCCCAUCAUGUCCCAUCUCCCUACUCAUCGUACCUAUCACUCGGACCCAUUUCCUUCGAGUCUCUUUCAGUUUAUCUCACAAUUUGCCGCUGAUUUUCGGUUUUUAAAGUCGACAUGUCGAAAUACGUCUCGUUAAUAAACGUGGAAAAUUUAACGAGGUCUAACUUUAUCUACAAAUCAUUAUUUUGUUACGCGUGCAAGUUCAGUGCAAGGAUCAAGUGUCAAUUAAUUAUUGAAAAUUCUGUUACAAGCGCUGUUGAACGUCGAAGAAAAAUUUCACGAGGAUCGUAAAAAAAUUCAUCCAUGGAAUAUAAUUGCCCAAAUAUAUUUUUGUUAAACGAAACAAAACGUUUUAUAAUUUAAUACCUCAAUUAAUACCUGUAUCAAUUUUCGAAAAAUAUUUUUUGAAAUUUCUUUCCUUAUUCAUAAAAUUGAUAUUACUCUUUAUCAAUUUGCAGUUUAAACAUUGUUGCUUUUUGACAGAAUUACUCUUUGCUACUGGUUGAGAAUAAGGGGAUUCUUCCGUUCUAGCAAAAUUUUCCAAAAAGCGUCACAUUUGUUUGUAGAUUUCGAAGAGGACAAAGAAUUGUAAGAAAUGAAAAGGAACUAGAAGAAAUGAAGAUACUAAAGAAUAAAGAAAUAAAAAAGUAAAGAUAAAAAUUUGAUUUAGAAAAAAGAGAUUGCAUAGUUUUACAAUUGAUCAAACUGUGGACUUGAUUAGCAUCUUUCCGCGAUUAAUUUUCCCCUAAAUCUCAGUUUCCGCGAUUCAGCCUUGUGUUUGUGUAAUUUAUCAACGAGAUUUAAGUCAGCGUCUCGCGGUGUGUUUCCUCUUCUAAGUUACAAGACGAGCUACUCCGGAAGUCGCGCUUCCGUCAAACAAUUAUAAAACUUCCGCUCGUGAUGAUCAUGCCCGGAAUUCGCCAACAUUCGUAGAUUAAUUAUUCUUAAGUAACUUUUAAAAAGAAACAAAAUUUCAAAACCCAUAUACAAGAGAUCGUUUUGAUAGCUGAUAAUAACUUCUUAAAAAUGGAAAAUAAUCUCAAACGAUAAUUAUUAUCAAUACCAAUUUUGAAUCACAAAAAAAAAUCAACUUCUACCCUUAAAAAAAAGAAUUACAAAAAUGGUAUUAGUGGUUCAGUAAAAAAACAACAAUCAUCGAUGUCUUAAAAGCACUAAAUGUUGAGAGUUUAAGAAAUAACAAGAAGAAAACAAUUUCGUGUACUUUUUAUCUCAAGUAAAAACAGUUAUCUUGCAAGAAAACGAAAAAGUGCAAAAUAAAAGUGAAGUGCGAACGAGAGAGUGAAAGAAAAUGAAUUUUUUAUUUUGACAACAAGUGCUAAGAGUGUAGAAUUUUUAUAAACUUCUCUCCCCGUUGAAAACUUGACCCGAGAUUUGAAUUUUUUAAACUAGACGCAAUAAAAUAAGCAAAUUAAAGGAAAGUUACACAAAUAAAAUAAAAAUAGAUUAAAAAAAAUUGCAAAAACUAGAAAUAAAAUUACUUAGAAUUCAUUUUUAGAAAUAGUGACAAGAGAUGAAACUAUAUUAAAAAAAGGAUUCAUACCAUCGAGAUUACGGAAGAAAAAUAUAGCCUCUCUCUCGCUCUAUCUCUCUGUGAAAAAAGAAAGGUGGCACGUGUUAUGCGAAUAAUCCGCGGUGAGUUGUUUAUGGGGAAGUGGGCCAAUGCCCUGAAGCUGUAGGUGCGAUACGUACUCGAGGGACAGGAAGUAAGAAAAGAAAGAAAGAAAAAAAGAAUUCAAAGUCUAAAAAAUAAAUAAUAAAAAAGAAAAAAUUUAAUAGUCAGGAAGCGAAAAUUAAAGAAUAAUUGAAUAGGCCAGUAAAAAAGGGUCAAAAAUGAGCAGAAGAACAUCGCAAUUAAUGGGGCUUAAUUCAUGCGAGAGAAUAAGGCCCGAGAGGCCCAGGAACACCAUUCAAAGACUGGUUUGGAGACCAGGAUCGCAAUUUCAAGUCGGUCACGUGUGGCCCUCUGAUGUUGAUGAUGGAUCGAAUCCCCGAUUGGCUCUUAUAAGAUUAUUGAGACUGUACGAGGGCAGGCAAUAUCGAGAAGCGGCUGGAUUUCUUAUGAGACUGCCACAUUAUACAUUGAGGGCAGCUUUACCGGAUAUCCCCAUAGACCUUUUAAUAGAAACUCUCCCCCACAGUUUGGCCCUCCUCGAGGCACUUUAUUUAAGACUGAUUGACCUACACAUUGAAGAUGUGAAAAUCCUACGAAUCGAACAGCUACUAUGGAAAAUUGUGAACUUGAUCUCAUCAAGUCAGGUUCACUUACACCUGAGAAUAUGGAGUAAAUUGUUGGGUACUCUCUACCGGAUGUCGCCCGGUGUCAAAAGCAUGCUCUCCACGAGAAGACGAACAUUAGAAAGAGCUGUCGAGGGUCUUGGUAAACACGGUUUGAUAUCAUCGAGCCAGAUUUCCGGUUUAGAAAAUUCUACUACUUCGCAGAAUCUCGUCCCUCUGUCACUUGCUCUCAAAGGGGAACUGGAGGCUCGCUCAGAAGCCUACAAGUUAGCACUUCAGAAACUUGAAAGCUGUGGGAAACACACUGGCACUUUCAAAGCUGACAGUGGAGUGCAAGCGGCAUCACAUCAGAGGCAAUUAUCCCUAAAAUACAGUGAAGUACAACAACGACUAAUCGAUAAUCAGAGUCUAUUAAAUAAUUUAGAAAAAACAAAUGAAGAAUCACUGAAAAAUCUUAUAGGAGAAUUGAAGUGUCGUGUUGAGCACGACAAGGAGGCUUUAAGACAAUGGACAGCUUUAAGAAAAUCGAACGUUGAUACUGAGGCAAAUAAAAACCCCACUUUGGCCGUUAAAUUAUUGCAGUUUUCCCGGGGAUGUGCUCUAGCUCUACAACUGAUGAAUGAAGACAGCACUCAGGAAAUUCAUAUAGAUGAAAAUCUAGGUGGUGGCGAUGACUACGAGGAAGAAUCAAGUAGCGCCGGAUAUCACACUGACAAGAGUUGUAGUCCAACACCAGAGCCAAGUAUCACGAACGUUAUUGCCAGAGGCAAUCUCAGCGAAGCGUUACAAAACCUAUCCAACUUAGAUGUGAACGUCAACGUUGAACGACUCGCGGAAAGAUAUGGAGCCCUUUACGCUCAUGCACAUUUACACACAUUGGAUGCACUCGAUGCCCUAGAACCCCUACGAGACGCCCCUGAGCUCAAAGCAAAAAUUCUCUACUCCAUCGUAGUGCUAUCGUGGCGAGUCGCAGGAAUAAUUCAAACCUCUCGAAGACUGGAGGCCAUUAAGAUUUUAAAUGGAACGAGUUCACAGGCAAUAAAUACAGGCAACAGCAGUGAAGUUUCAUCCGAAUUGGAAGAGUGCAUUAGACGCCAAUUGGCAACUUCCGGUGCACAAACUGGAAUUCAUGAUGUUACUGAGCAAAUUCUGAGUCAAUUAAAAAGAACCCUUUAUGAUUUUCCAUGUUUGAAGUCAUGUUUGGAAAUUAAAACCUAUGCAAAUAUAUGCUCAAGUCUCGCUUGGGUUUGUUUAGCAAGACCGAUACCCUUGGUGUUGGAUGUUGCGCAAGGGGUUGAAUUCAGACGAGAGCUUCACGCACGACAUCAUUCGUCGCCAAAUCCAAAUGGAUCGAGAAUAAGGAGUGUACUUUGGCCAGGAUUAAGACAAGGUUGCCAAGGACCUUGCCUUCAUAGAGCCAUUGUCACUACUAUUUAAAUCACGAGGUAUUUUUCAGAGUCGCCACAAAAAUUUCAUUUCGUUUACCACUCGAACCAGUAAAAGUAUUUCAAAAUACGGUCUUUACGGACCAUUUGCGGAACAAUUACACUGAGAGAACGAUUUAUUUGAUUCAAACAUAUUUUGUUUAAAUCAAAUUUAAAAUAUCUUUGCUAUACAGUCAAACAUAUUUAAGUUUAACUGAAACAUAUUUUUUGGCACAUUU